AGGGGAGCCCCGGGAGCCCGAGCCCGAGCCGCUGCUGGCUGGCUGGCUGGCGUCGUUGUCAGCGCCGCAGACCCGGGCGGGAGAACCAGCACCCUGGCCAGCGUCCCCGGCUCCAGCAUCCCCGGCAGCAGCAGAAACAAUGCAUGAAGGCUUCAGAGAGGAGGGUAGCUAAAGAUCAGGAAAGCCAAGUGCUUCGGAUGUACCGUUCACCAUGUCCAGUCCCCAGCCCGCCAUAGAAGGGGGAGUUCCUGAAGUUGAGAUCAUCUCCCAACAAGUGGAAGAAGAAACGAAAAGUUUGGCUCCGGUCCAGCUGGUGAACUUGGCUUACCGAGACCUGCCGCUGGCUGCCCUGGACCUCUCGGCCGCCGGCUCGCAACUGUUGUCCAACCUGGAUGAGGAGUUCCAAAGGGAAGGGUCCAACUGGCUGAAGCCGUGCUGCGGAAGGCGGGCUUCCGUGUGGCAGGUGUUCCUCCUGAGCGCCAGUCUCAACAGCUUCCUGAUAGCCUGUGUCAUCCUGGUGGUGAUCCUGCUGACGCUGGAACUGCUGAUAGACAUAAAGGCUCUCCAGUUUUCAAAUUCCUCCCAGUUUGCUGGAGUCAGUCACUGGAUCAGCCUGGUCAUCCUGUCUGUAUUCUUCUCGGAGACAAUUCUACGCAUUGUGGUCCUUGGGAUCUGGGAUUAUAUUGAAAACAAAAUAGAGGUGUUUGAUGGGGCUGUGAUCAUCUUAUCCUUGGCCCCUAUGGUAGCCUCCACUGUUGCCAAUGGUCCCAGCAGCCCUUGGGAUGCCAUCAGCCUGAUCAUCACCCUCCGAAUAUGGAGAGUAAAGAGAAUCAUUGAUGCUUAUGUCCUGCCGGUGAAGGUGGAACUGGAGAUGGUCAUUCAGCAGUACGAAAAAGCCAAGGUCAUCCAAGAUGAGCAGCUGGAGAGGCUAACACAGAUUUGCCAGGAGCAAGGGUUUGAGAUCCGGCAGCUGAGGGCCCACUUGGCUCAACAAGACCUAGAUCUGGCAGCAGAACGAGAGGCAGCCUUGCAAGCCCCUCACGUCCUCAACCCCCAGGGCAGCGCCAGGUACAAGGUGGUGGACACGGGGGAUUCGGACGAUGACGAGACCACAGAGAACAUCACGGAACUGAGGCCCCCUCAUGAAGCCUUGGUGAAGGAUGACAUGAAUAGCUACAUCAGCCAGUAUCACAAUGAGCCUAGCAGUGACAGCGGCGUCCCGGAGCCCGCCAUCUGCGUCAUCACCACGGCCGCCAUCGACAUCCACCAUCCUGACACCUCCUCUGACCGAUUCACAGCGGACGUGCCCCUGAAAGUGGGGAGCAACGGCACCUGCCCCAGCAUCACGUCGGGGAGCGUGUCCUGCUCCCUGGGCAGCUCCGUCACCUGGGCCCAGAGCGACAGCAGCCAGACUCUGGGUUCCUCCACAGACUUCAGCACAACUCGGGACGAGUCGUCGGAGCUCUGCCCCUCGGAACAGGGCGGGCCCUUCCCCCCGGGGACCGCCCCCCAGCCCCAGGUCAACAGUACUGUGGUCCAGGAACUCCUGUCCUCCUUGUCGGAGGACUCCUGCUUAGCCCAGAAGGGCCUGGACCUGGUCAAUCUCCGAAGGCCGAGCCCAGCCAGUUCUGCCCUGACCAGCCCGGAGGUGGAGCACAGGGUGAAGGUCUACAAUGAGAAGAACCAAGAGGGCUUCACCGUGUUCCAGAUCAAGCCAGUCAUCCACGUUCAGCCCAACCCCGCCAUGUUCGAGGAGAAGUACAAGGCUUUGGACUCCAAAGAGCAGAAGUCGAACCAGAUCCCGGAGUCCUGACGCGUUCUGAAGUGGGGUUCAAGGAGGCCGGUGUGGGUAGCGGGGAGGGAUCGGAAAAAGCGGGGAGGGGGGAGGAUGGGAGACAACCGUGUGCGGGGACCAUUACCAGCAGGGCCUUGCUCCUUGGGGGGCCGGAGAAGAAGCCCACUUCCUCCGGAUGCAUGAGUCCUGAGAGCUAGCACAAAUCCAUUCUGUCCCGACUUCCGAAGGUCCAUCCGCCUGCCCCUUGGCAAAGCCACUGCACUCUACGGUGACUUCACAAGCCGGUCAGGUCCUUCAGACUUCAUUCUGGGCCCCGGAGGCGGGGAGGGUGGACUCUGGGGGGACGGGAAGGGGGACAAGGAUGGGAUAGCAGUUGUUUUUUUAAAGUCAUUUUUACAAAGAUUGUUGACCUUUAUGGCUUUGGCAGGGGAGAGGACAGCUGAGUGUCAAAUUCUUUCUCUGAUUUCUUACAUUUUCUUUGUACACAACAGCUCUAAACCCCUUUGUACCAAGA